AUCUAUGACAAUGAGUCUUAUUUAUAGGAAGUGAUAAUGGAUAUGAGAAGCCAGACUGCAAAAGAUAAGAAAUGAAUGGCAAGUAAGAAAAUGGAAUAAGCAAAAGUGGGCGACUCUUUCAAGUCAUUUUGCUUUCACAGGUAGGAGGAUCACCAAAACACAGACAGUGCUAAACUGUCUGUGCUAAACUGUCCCAACCCCUUCUUUGGGAAGGGGAAAUAUUUGGAAGAGAAAUGCCAGUUAUAGAUACCGGAUUCUAUAUUGCUGAAGUUAACCUUUAGUUAACAGAGUGAACAGUAGUUAGAAAGUAUCACUUUCUGUUAAGGUAUCAGGACGUAAAAGUUUUAAAAUCAGUCUCAUCUCAUUAAGGAGUUAUGGAAAUGAGUAAUGGGCAUUUUUAAAAGGCCAUAAUAAACUUUUAAAUUGACUACCUUACGUCAGUCUCAUAAAUUUGAGCAGUGUGAACCACUUUACACAGGAACUGCCUACUCCAGAUAAAACUGGAUCUUCGAAACCACUCCUCCCACACUCACCAUCUAGCUGCAGCUGAACUGGAAUCUCUACCCUUUAAUAAGAGACUGAAUCCUUUUCUCAGAUGUUGACUUAACUGCAGAAAUCAAGAGACUUCUGAAAAGCUUUUCUCGAGGGGAGCCAAAUAAAGAUAAGUGAUAAAAUAAGUUUAUAUAGGGGACAAAACCUUUAGAGAAUCAACGAAUUAACAUGUUCUGACUGAGGCAUGAACAUGGGAUGGAGGAAAAGGGUAAGCAAGUGCAGAAGCAAAGCAUCAGGAAAGAGGGAAAAAACGAAAAACCUUCAGAGAAGUAGUAACAAAUAACAUCGCUGGCCACAGGCUGGCAUCUAAAAUUUCUUCAUGCCAGGAGUGUAUGACGACUCCAAAAAAAUCCUGCUAAUGGCUUUUAAAGCACUAGCGAGAGAGGAAAACUUACACCAGUGGCAAGUAAAAAGGCAGAAAAAUCUAUGAUUGACCCCGGAAACAUUUUAUUUUGCGUAGGCGUCCGGAAAAUUUUCUUUUGCGAUUCGUUCCUUGAUCCGGAAGAAAAGAUAGCAAACUUCGCUUGCGAUUGGAUUGUAUCAUAAGGGCGGGGCUUUAGCGAGCCAGUUAGCUUGGCAGCCGGACAUGACGAGCGCGGAAGCCACGGGCCGAAGCUAUUGCUCGGGUUUGUGGCUUCGGUGGGCGGGGUCCGCAGAGCUAGGCUGGAGCAGUCUUCACAGCUGACACGGCCCUGCUAGGGGCGGCGCCAUCGGUGCCCCGCCCCCCGCGGCCUCUCGGCCGGGCUGUGGAGCGCUGUCGUAGGCAUUAGUGGGUGGAGACUUGGGUCAAUUCUCUCAGAGCCCAGAGUCGGGAGGCUGCUGUCACUCGCCCGGAGUCUUCCGGUUUCUCGGUGGCUGCCCUCCCUCCGAAGCCUGGGAUACGCCCUCUCGAGAGCCUGCCGGCGCCCUCCGUUCAGCGUCGAACUCCUCAGAGUUGCAGCGCAGCACCACCAGCACAACAUUCUCUCACUCUGGUUCUCGCCCCUCUGAGAGCCUCGGCCCCACACUGCCCCCUUUACUGGAUGAGCUGUCCCCUCCCACCCCUCUAAAAUGUCCAAUAACCUCCAGAGGGUCUUACUGAAACCCGCAGAGGAAAAUUCAGGCAACGCCUCGCACUGUGUUUCAGGCUGCAUGUACCAAGUAGUUCAGACGAUUGGCUUGGAUGGAAAAAAUCUUCUGCAAUUACUUCCAAUUCCUAAUUCUUCUGGAAAUCUUAUACCACUAGUUCAAUCUUCAGUCAUGUCUGAUGCUUUGAAAGGGAAUAGAGGAAAACCAGUUCAAGUUACUUUUCAGACUCAGAUUUCCAGCUCUUCUACAAGUGCAUCAGUUCAAUUGCCCAUUUUUCAGCCAGCCAAUUCUUCAAAGUAUUUUCUUACAAGAACAGUAGAUACAGCAAAAGAAGGUAGAGUUACUUCUGUGGGAACUGAAAAUUUUACUUCAGCAGUUUCUAAAGUUCAGAGUCAUGGUGUGAAAAUUGAAGGACUCACCAUGAAAACAUUUGCUGUUCCUUCCUCCUCAACACAAAAUGAUUCAUCUUAUAUUGUAGUUAACACCCAGAGUCUUCCAGUGACUGUGAAGUCUCCAGUUUUGCCUUCUGGGCAUCAUUUACAGAUUCCAGCCCAUGCUGAAGUGAAAUCUGUACCAGCAUCAUCGUUGCCUCCUUCAGUUCAGCAAAAGAUACUUGCAACUGCAACCACAAGUACCUCAGGAACAGUCGAGGCCUCCCACGUACCAACCGUUAUUUAUGUAUCUCCUGUAAAUACAGUGAAAAAUGUGGUUACAAAGAACUUUCAAAACAUUUAUCCAAAACCUGUUACAGAAAUAGCAAAGCCAGUGAUACUAAAUGCCACACAAAUUCCAAAGAAUAUUGCUGCAGAGAGACAAUUAAAAGGUGGUCAACAUUCUCAAGCUGCUCCAGUGAAAUGGAUUUUUCAAGAAAAUCUACAGCCUUAUACUCCAUCUCUUGUUCCUGUUAAGUCUUCAAAUAAUGUGGCUUCAAAGAUUUUAAAAACUUUUGUAGAUAAGAAAAGUUUGGGAGAUAAUGCUGUAAAUAUGCCACCAUUGAGUACCAUCAGACCUAGUGGGACACAUUCUAAAAAUUUGCCUAUUAAAGAUAAUGCUUUGGUUAUGUUUAAUGGGAAAGUCUAUCUAUUGGCUAAAAAGGGGACAGAUGUUCUGCCAUCACAAAUUGACCACCAGAAUUCUAUUUCUCCUGAUAUUCCACUAAGAAAAGACACGUUACAGAUAGUGGGUUCGAGUCCAGUCACAGAAAUAUCCAGAGAGGUUGUAAAUAUUGUUUUGGCUAAAAGUAAAUCUUCCCAGAUGGAGACAAAAUCACUUCCCAAUACCCAGCUUGCUUUCAUGGCCAAUCUAAGGGCAGAGAAGAAUAAAAAAGUUGAGAAACCGUCUCCUUCUACCACAAAUCCACAUAAUAUGAAUCAAUCCAGUAACUACUUAACACAGAGUAAGACUUUAUUCACAAAUCCAGUCUGUCCAGAUGGAUUUAGUACAGGACAAAAUGCCCCCAGAAAAGAAAAUAUCAUCCAGAGCAUAGAGAAAAUAAGUUCCUCUGUUGGUGCAACAAAUGUUACUUCACAACAGUGUGUUUUCAGAGACCAAGAACCAAAGAUCCAGAAUGAGAUGGCAUCAACAUUAGAAAAAGGUACUAAAGAAAGAAACAAGAAAGUUUUGCAAGGAAGAAAUAAUAAGACAUCAUAUCUGAAGAGUGAUGCUGAAUUAAAAAAGAUAUUUGGUCUUACUAAAGAUUUGAGAGUGUGUCUUAGUCGAAUUCCUGACCAUUUUGGCUCUGGAGAAGGUUUUGAUUCCUUUAGCAGUUUGGUGACGAGUGGUACUUACAAAGAUACAGAGUUUAUGGUGAAUGCAAAAAAAAGAAAACAGAGUCUUGAUAAGAAAAGAAAAGCAAAAACCAUUAAGAAGAUGGAUCACACAAAAAAGAGAAAAACUGAGAGUGCUUACCAAGCAAUCAUAAAUGGGGGAACUAAUGUCACCAGUUCCCAACUCCUUAACAGUAUUUUACCAGCUUCAGAUGUAUCACAACAUAACAUUCACACAAGCCUCAACAAGAGCAGAGAAGAAAAGAAAACUGAGAUAGAACACUAUAUCCAUGAGAAGCAAGAGAAAGGCUCAUUGAGUUCAAAUGCAGCUCAUGAACAAAGUCAUUCCUUUAAUAAAAAUUAUGCUGAAGAUAUUUUCCCCGUGAUACCACCUGAGUUAGAAGAAACCAUUCGAGAUGAAAAAAUAAGAAGACUUAAGCAGGUGCUAAGAGAGAAAGAAGCAGCUCUCGAAGAAAUGCGUAAGAAGAUGCACCAAAAAUAAUAAGAUCUCCUGUACUUAAAAGACUUCAAUGAAAUGGCUGUUUUUAAAAAUAUACUUUUGUAUUAAUAAGUUAAUUGUAGAUGAAUUCUGAAAGUGUCUUAGAAUAUAAAACUUGCUUUUUUGUCAGUUGAUUAUAAAAUUUUAUUUAAGGAACCCCGAAAAGAUUGAUUCACAUGUGACUUAUGAAUAAUCUGUGUGGGGGUAUCUAAACCUUUGUCUUAGAUACCUAUUUUUGGAAGGAAAAAUUUUAUAUUUUUCUAUUAUUUUAACUUGAAUUCUCCAAGUUUGAAUAUUUGUGUAGGGUUUUUGUUGUUGUUUGUAUAUUUAGCUAAAUUGCUCAGGUGUUACUUCAACAAUAGAUAAUUAUUGUGUAUUAUUGAAAUUCUACAAUGGAAGAGAGAGAUCAGCUCCAAACUUAGCUUUAUGAAUGGGUUUAUGUAUGUAUGUACUUGCUUGGUCUCUUUACCCAUAAAGUGAUGAUAUCUUCUACUUAUCAUUUUGUUAUUUUGUUUGUUUGUUUCAUGAAGGAAAAUGUAUUAUGGUAGCAUUAUUUAAUAUUCAAACAUUUUUGAAGAGUGAGGGACACUUGUUUUAUAACUUUACAAAGUAAUUUUUUAUAAUCCAAACGUGUUUUGGAAUUCAGGUUAUUUGAUACAUUGUUUGCUUAAAGUGAUGUUUCAUUAUUCCUAGGCAAAUGCUGCUUUUGGUAGGGGGAGAAUAUGUACAUAUGUUACUUAGAUUGUGUGAAAAGUAGAUCUGAACCAUGGUCUCAUUUAAUACUUUUUAAAUUUUCAAGUGUAGUUUUUCUAUCUGGUUAAUCUUUGAUUUGGGAGAGUUUGGGAGUGGUGUGGAGAUAGAGAUUAAAAGAGGGGAGAAGGAUACGGUGAUAUAAAAAAUGAUGAACAAAUCCCUGGAAGUAAGAGAGGUUAAAAUAAAAAACCUGUACAUUAGCAACAAAAGAGAAAAAUAGUAAAUCAGAAAAUACUGAAAGGGAAUGAAGCAAAUACAGAUGUCAACUAGGUUCUGUUGGGAUUUUUUUAGUAACAAUUUUAUUAAAAUGUAAUUCAUAUACCAUAAAAUUCAACCUUUUAACGUGUACAAUUCACUGGUUUUUAUUACAUUCACAGAAUUGUACAGCCAUCAACACUCUUACUUUAGAACAUUUUCAACACCUCCAAAACAAACCUCAUACCCUCCCUGUCCCCCCGCCCUCUGCCCUAGGCAAGCACUAAUACACUUUCUGUCUCUAUGAAAUUGCCUAUUGUGAACAUGUCAUAUGCUGAAAUCACACAAUAUACUUUCUUUUGUAAUUGGUUUCUUUCACUUAGCCUAAUAUUUUCAAGGUUUGUCUGUGUAGCAUGUAUUGGUACUUCAUUAUUUAUUGCUUAAUAAUAUUCCGUUGUGUGGAUAUACCACACUCUGUUUAUCUGUUCAUCUAUUAUGGACAUUUGAAUUGUUUCUACUUUGUGCUACUAUAAAGUUGCUAUGUAUAUUUGUCCACAAGUUUUUGUAUGGAUGUAUGUUUUCAAUUCUCUUGGGAAUAUAUCUAGAAGUGUAAGUGCUGGGUCAUAUGAUAAUUCUAUGUUUAAUAUUUUGAGGAACUGACAAACUUUCAGGUUUUGCUCCCCUACUCCACUGAAACAAAUCUUGUCAAGGUCACCAGUAACUUCUGUGUUGCUAGAUUCGAUGGUCAAUUGUCAGUAGUCUUAAUUUAUCAACAAAAUGUGAUUUCAUGAAUCAUUACUUCCUUUGAAAAGUGUUUAAAACAUUUUAUUAUAGAAGCAGUGCAUGUAUAUUGUAGAAACUUAGAAAAUUAGCACAUCAUACUUCUAUCAUCCAGAGUUUACCACUGUUAACACCUUGGUAUAUAUGCUUUCUGAUCUUUCUCUGUGCCCCAUAUGUACACAUAUGUUUUACCAAAAUAAGGUCCUUAUACUAUUCUGAUUCCUGCUUUUGAAGUCAACAAUCUUCAGGUGCUCCUUUCAAUAAGUAUUUAUGUCUUCUAAUACUCUAGCCAAAUUUACCAAGUGGACCCCAGAAUAUUUUUUACCACUGGCUCUCCAAAGCAGUAUUAAAUUUCAGACUAUGCAUUUUAUCUAGCUGUUAUACCCUAUAGAAGACUUUUAAAUUUGUACAGUUUUUAAAAAAUGACAGUGAUUUAUUCAAAAGACCAGCCAAUUGUCCUGACUCCUUUCUCCUUCAUAUACUUUCAUUUUACUUCUAGAAGACCACACUUUGGCCUCAUUGAUUGGUCAUUUUCUUGCAGAUUCCUUCUCUUCAUUCUUUUAACAUUUAAGUACCCUAGGUCUCAGUCCUUGUUUUGCUUUUCUGCUUAUACUCACUCCCUUUGUGAUCUCAUCCAGUUUUAUGGCUUUAAAUACUAUUUUAUGUGCUGAUAACUUGCAGGUUUUUAUCGUUAUCCCCAGACCUUGCUCUUGAAUUCCAGGCUUGUAUUGCCAACUGCCUAUUUAAUAUCUCUAUUAGAUGGCUAAAUAAACCUCAAAACUGGUCUAAAACUGAAAUCCUGCUCUUCCCUUAAACAUGCUUCACCUACAUUUUUCCCCAUUGUGGCUGGUGACAACUCCCUCUUACCAAUUACUCAGGCUAAAAAAACUUGUAGUCAUAUUUGACUGCUUGCUCUCACACUCAUAUAAAUUUUGUUGGUUCUACUUUAAGAAUACCCCAAAUAUGACCUCUUUUCAUCUCCAGUGCUAUCAGCCCUGGACUGGGUGGGGUAUUGGUAGCAUCAUAAAUGAUCUCUCUUUUUCCAUAUUUGUACCCCUUCAGCCUAUUCUCAAUACAACAGCCAGAGUGAACCUUUUAAGGUAAGUCAUCUCUCAUUACCCUCCAAUGACUUCUCAUUUCACAUGGAGUAAAAGCCACUAUGCUGAGGGCUAGAGAUCCAAGAUAAGCAAAUUAGAUUAAAUACAGUUCUAGUAAGCUCCACAAUAUGCUAUUGUAGCCCCAUAUACCACUGUUUUUAUCUAGGUAAUGAGAUUUAAAUGUGUUCCUCAAAAAUGAUAUUUGAGCUGAGAUGUGAAGGAGAAGCAGAAAUUAAAUAAGCAAAGGGGUAAGUUGGAGUGGUGAAAAUAUUUUUCUAGCAGGGGAAACAGCAGAUUUAAAGGCAGGAGAGAACAUGGCAGAUAGGAAGAAUCCAAACAAGGCCAGAUGACACCAAACACCUGAAAGUUUUGGAUAACCACCUAGGGAGAUAAGAAAGUAAAAUUGUGGACUUCUCUUUGAGUGUAUUUAAAAAUUGGAAAAUGAAUGGUUUUAGUUGAAUUUUGAGAACUAGAAGAAGGAUUAAAUGAGUUAUAUUUAUAAGCCCUUGGAGCCAUGCCUAACACAUAGUAAGCAUUCAGUUAAAUAAACUAAAAUCAUCCUAAUGGACAUAU